AUGAGCUGCUUUGGGGAGAGCUGGAGCGCUCAGUCGGUCAGUAGUACAGUAGCAGGCUCACAUGUGCCGAUUGUUUCUGUGAGGAGUAUCAUCAUGGGGUCUACUGCUACAGAAACUGAAGAAGUGGAAAACACUACUUUUAAGUAUCUCAUAGGAGAACAGACUGAAAAAAUGUGGCAACGCCUGAAAGGAAUACUAAGAUGCUUAGUGAAGCAGCUGGAAAAAGGUGAUGUUAACAUCGUCGACUUAAAGAAGAAUAUCGAAUAUGCAGCAUCUGUGUUGGAAGCAGUUUAUAUUGAUGAAACAAGGAGACUGCUGGAUACCGAUGAUGAGCUCAGUGACAUUCAGUCAGAUUCCGUCCCAUCAGAAGUCCGGGACUGGUUGGCUUCUACCUUUACACGGAAAAUGGGGAUGAUGAAAAAAAGAUCUGAAGAAAAACCAAGAUUUCGGAGCAUUGUGCAUGUGGUUCAAGCAGGAAUUUUUGUGGAAAGAAUGUACAGAAAAUCCUAUCACAUGGUUGGCUUGGCAUAUCCAGAAGCUGUCAUAGUAACAUUAAAGGAUGUUGAUAAAUGGUCUUUUGAUGUAUUUGCCUUGAAUGAAGCAAGUGGAGAACAUAGUCUGAAGUUUAUGAUUUAUGAACUGUUCACUAGAUAUGAUCUUAUCAACCGUUUCAAGAUUCCUGUUUCUUGCCUAAUUGCCUUUGCAGAAGCUCUAGAAGUUGGUUACAGCAAGUACAAAAAUCCAUACCACAAUUUGAUUCAUGCAGCUGAUGUCACUCAAACUGUGCAUUACAUAAUGCUUCAUACAGGUAUCAUGCACUGGCUCACUGAACUGGAAAUUUUAGCAAUGGUCUUUGCUGCUGCCAUUCAUGACUAUGAGCAUACAGGGACUACAAACAAUUUUCAUAUUCAGACAAGGUCAGAUGUUGCCAUUUUGUAUAACGAUCGCUCUGUCCUUGAAAAUCACCAUGUGAGUGCAGCUUAUCGACUUAUGCAAGAAGAAGAAAUGAAUGUCCUGGUAAAUUUAUCCAAAGAUGACUGGAGGGAUCUUCGGAACCUAGUGAUUGAAAUGGUUUUGUCUACAGACAUGUCGGGUCACUUCCAGCAAAUUAAAAAUAUAAGAAAUAGUUUGCAGCAACCUGAAGGGCUUGACAAAGCCAAAACCAUGUCCCUGAUUCUCCAUGCAGCAGACAUCAGUCACCCAGCCAAAUCCUGGAAGCUGCACCACCGAUGGACCAUGGCCCUAAUGGAGGAGUUUUUCCUACAGGGAGAUAAAGAAGCUGAAUUAGGGCUUCCAUUUUCCCCGCUUUGCGAUCGGAAGUCUACGAUGGUGGCCCAGUCCCAAAUAGGUUUCAUUGAUUUCAUAGUAGAACCAACAUUUUCUCUUCUGACAGACUCAACAGAGAAAAUUAUUAUUCCUCUUAUAGAGGAAGACUCGAAAACCAAAACUCCUUCCUAUGGAGCAAGCAGACGAUCAAAUAUGAAAGGCACCACAAAUGAUGGAACCUACUCCCCCGACUACUCCCUUGCCAGCGUGGACCUGAAGAGCUUCAAAAACAGCCUGGUGGACAUCAUCCAGCAGAACAAAGAGAGGUGGAAAGAGUUAGCUGCUCAAGGUGAACCUGAUCCCCAUAAGAACUCAGAUCUAGUAAAUGCCGAAGAAAAACAUGCUGAAACACAUUCAUAG